UAUGGGAAAAAAAGAAAAGAAAACUACUUUAUUAUGUGAACUGUGAAGUAUCGUUCAAAUGGAAAAAACCUGAUCCCUACUCUCUCUCUCUCUAUCUCUAUCUCUCUCUUUCUUUUUUCGGUUCGUUUCUUUUUCCUCGUUAAAUGUGUAAUCUCUUCAAAUUUUAAACAUACUUUUCUUUUUCUCUUUUGAUUCGAUCAAAACCCUCAACCUCCAACUCCACUCCUCUCUCUCGGAUUUCCUUUGCCUCAUUCUGAUUCACAAGCUGUAGCUGCUAGUGUUCCUGUGGUUGAUGCACUUUGAGUGAGAAGAGGCAUUUCAAAAUAAAGUGGAGAUUGCAUUGCGCAGCUUAACAGGCUAACGGUUAGAUAGCAAUGGCAGCCCCGGAGGAAGAAGAGGUUUCAAUCAAUCGAACAUCUUCGUCUCCAUCUUGUGAUACUUUCAGCAGCAACAGAAACAGUGUAACACUCGGCACCAAGCAUUCAUCAAUAUUAUCUUCCUCUUUCGCAGAUAUGGAGCAGAGGAUCAGUUUACUUGCUCUGAAAAAUGCUGAAGAGGACGAUGUUGGGGACUCUUUUGCUGAACGUGCAGAAUUUUACUACAACAAACGUCCUCAACUGCUGGCGCUUCUCCAAGAGCUAUACACUGCAUACACCACCUUAUCCGAUCGCUACAUCCAAACCGUUGCAAAACAUCACAAAAGACAGUCUUCUGUUACUUCAACCCUCGACUCUUUUGAUGGAGCCGAAGAUUCAGGAAUCAGUCAGAUCGAGUCUGAUGCGGAGAGCUCUCUGUCCUACCAACAAGUAUCUGUAACAUCAACUAAAAACUAUGGCAUGGUAGACAACGAUGCUUUUAUCGCUGAGCUUGUCAUCAAGAAUGUGGAGUACGACAUUCUUACAAAUGAGGUAACCACCCUGGAAAAGCAAUGCUGUGAUUCGUCAAGAAAGAUUGAGCUUCAGAAGAGUUUGCUUGAUGUGUUGGAGUCUGAGAGGCUGAUAUUACUGAAUGAAAAUGCAAGAUUGGGAUAUAAGGUGGAAUCGUUGAUGGAGGAAAACAAGGGGUUGGUAGCAGAGUCUGUUUUCAUGAAACAGAAGGCAGGCGAGAUGGCACGAUGUAUGCUGAAGCUACGAGAUGAUCAUAGGGUAUACCUACUUAACCAGAAAAUUGAAGAUCUUCAAGGCCAGAUCUAUGGGCUGGAGAAAAGGAAUAAAGAGUACUAUGAUCAGCUUGUGAAAACAGAUAAAGCAAUGGUAGAGAGUAGAUGCAAAGACAGCAAUGGGAAGGAGGUAACGUUGGAGGCAUGCUUCCAAAUUGGAAAACUAAAAUCAAAGAGGAAUGUUGGUGUCAUUGAAAAAACAAGUAACAGCGGAAAGAAGACUUACAAGUGGUGGGCAAAGGUGAAGAGCAUGGACAUGUUUUUGUGUGGUCACAGCACCAAUCCUACUUAGCAAUUUUCCUGUUUUCUUUUUUCUUUUAUUACUUGAUUUGGGAAAGCCGCACCUAACUAAGAGAAAUUUAGUGUAGUGGGUUCGUAGCAGUAUUAAGAUUUUAGCCAAUCCCCUAUAGGUGAAAGUAUAUGUUUAUUGACAUCUGUGACACUGGAUGGACACUAAUCCCUUAGAGUAUGUAUUAGAAAGCAGUAUGAAAUAGUUUUAAAUUCAA